AUGGCGACCGGCGGCGCUGCGGGGCCGCGCCGGGCUCAGAAUUCCGUCUCCAGCUGCCAGGAGACAUCGGAGCCCGCCUCGCCCCGCUUCCCCCGCUCGCUGCGCGGCGGUCCGGGCCUCCUGACACCCUCUCUCUCCUCAGAGACUCCACCUCCAGUGAAGAGGUCCCUCUGUGGCCAGAGCAGCGCCAGGGUCUGCCGCUCCCUCUGGGCGGAGAGGCUGCGGGCUGGGCCAGACAGCCAGGCCGCAGAUGGCGGCUUUGCCAGGCAGAGCCCAGCCGGGGAGCCAGGGGCAGCCAGAGCCCGGGGUGACAAGGUCGAGCCAGAAACGCAAGCCGAAAAGAUCUCUCCCUAUGCAAAACUAGCUGUUAAAUGUAUUGCAGGGAAGCAAAGCUCUAGACAGCUUCUAUUUGCCCAUAACAUUUGCCUGCAAUCAGCAGUGGUAGCAAGAAGGUCAAGACUUCAGGAUUGUUCUACACAUCAAAAAAAAUCAGUUCAGAGCUGUGAUGGAGUAUUAGACAUAGACAGCUACAAAUCAAGUAGUAGAGACAAUUUCUGUCUUAUAUCACCAUCCAAGAGAAACAGAGCUGAAAGUGUUCCCACAGAAUUAACUGUGCUGUCUGUUUCAAACUUCUGGCAUGGCCAGAGGGCGUUUGAAGUAUCAAAAGUUAUUAAACAGCAGCCAAAUGUCAUCAAAGUCAUAGCUUACAAAAAUGGCACAGAAAGUUCUUUGCUAAAGUUUUGUCUGCUGGAGGAGUGCUCUGAAAAGCUGAAUCUGAACAUGGCUGCACAAUGAGUGUUCUUGGCAGACAGCACUGAAGCACUAGAACCUAAAGACAUACCCCAUGAUGCCGGCGUUUAUAUUUCGACUGGAGAGACCUUUUCAUAUCCAUUCAAAACAAACCAAAAAAAAGACCAUCUGUCAUUAAUGAAGAAAGUGUCUUGGACAGUGAGUGGCCUGGUUCUUCAGAAUGGUGUCAAGCAAAAGAAUACCCAGCCUGUCAUUUAUGACUGCAUGUAGAGAAUGACUGAGGGCACCUCUGAAGGAAUUUUUAUGUUUAAGGACUGCACAGGACAGAAUAACUAUGAGAUUAUUGCAUCAUAA